CUCAACCGUCCAGUCCCUGCUCCCGCCCCAACCUGUUUCAGGUGGUGACCAAUUCUUUGGCUUUGGGGGCCAAACUUUUCUGAGUUCAGAUUCCCUACCGUGGAAUAGUAAAGCCUCUCUUGCGAAACUCGUGUGAGAAAAAAGCCGGAGAGAGAAAUGCAACGCCCUUCGCUUUGGUGGGUAAGCAAUCGCAGCCCCUCAGCUCCAGCGCCUUCCGGGGCGCGCGGGACGCCUGGAGACGCCGGCGGAGAGAGGCUGGGGGCGGGGAGGAUCCGCAGUCGCUACGGCAACCGGAGACGCCUCGCGUUCCCCGGCAGCCAGCGGCGGGGCGGAGGCGGCCAGCCGGCCUCGGGCCGCGAAGAAGACCGUUGAAGCAUGAGAGGGGAGGAGGCGGUGACCGCGGUGGCGGUGCCCGAGGCCGGCCGCGACCGGGAGCAGCCUCGGCAGCCCGCAGGCCUCGGGUGCGGGGCGCGCGGGGAGCCCGGCGGCGGCGGCCCCCAGGAGUCCCGCAAGCAGUGGAAGAAAUUUUUAUACUGUGAGCCUCAUAAGAGAAUUAAGGAGGUACUAGAAGAAGAACUUUACAUUAAGAGAGAUGAAUGCCACAUUAAAAAUUCACCUGCAGUGGCCCUGGAAGGGAUUUGGAGCAUUAAAAGGAAUCUCCCCGUGGGAGGCUUGAAGCCAGGACUGCCGAGCAGAAACAAUUUACUGCCACAAGCCAAGUACUAUUCCAGGCACGGAGGGCUGAGACGAUAAAAUCAACAACUUUUCCAUUGAGAGGAUAACAGCCUCUUUCUCCUGAUGUCUGAAAAACAGAAGAAACCCAAGCUUGUUUCACAGUUUAGAUGUGUUAAAAGAAAAUGCAUGUUAGUCUGUCAUUCCUGUUAUUGGUGUUAGUUCCUAUCUAUAAAUUAAUCUGAAACAGUGAAAGACUAUUGGUAAAAUUCACGAAGCACCUGAAAACAAUGAUGGAAAAUAUUAUAUUUAUUUUUAAUUGUCACAGUUGGAAUACACUGGGCUUCAAAUUCAGCUGAUUUUAUUAAAUAUGUCAAAUAUGAUAAAACACAGGCCUGUUAUUGGAGUCUUCAAGGUAAAUCUUGUAAAUGUUAACCUUUCACUACAGUGUAAUUAUGUUCACCCAUUAAAAAAAAUCCAGAUAUAGGUAAAGGUUAAUAAAUGAAGAACAGAUGAAAAGUUUAUGAAGAGAUUUUAAGGGUGUGGGUAGCAUUUUACAAACACUGUAAUACUAUGGGUCUAUUGAGGUUAAGAAGGAGAGAAAAAAAAACAAAAACAAAAAACCAACCUUCCUAUUCCCCAAU